CAUCUUUCCUUAGCCAUCCACCCCCUCUCAUCAACACCACUCGCCCAACAACUUCCAAUUGAGCUUCCCAUCGAUCUUCUCUAUAAAUCUGCCAACUCUGCUUCACUGCUUUCCUCCCCCUUUUUUCUACCUCUUCCGCCUUGGAGAUUGGAAAGAUUUCCUAAAGAAAUAUUAAACCAAGAGGCUCUUUGUACACUAAGUGGCACUACAUGUGCUGUGGAUUCGCGUAGUUUGCCUUUAUAUGCUCUUAACCCCACCGUCCAUUCCAUUACUUUCUCACUCUCUUCUAUAUAAAAACCACUCUUCUACUCUUUAGUAAAUACCAUUCUCUUCUCCCUUUUGUUUCUUCGCCUCAGCUCGUGUUAGUUAAGUUCAUUCAUAGAGGAAAUGGGUGAGGAAGCUAAGCAGGAACAAGCCGCAGCAAAGGCUCAACCAGAGGAGAAGAAAGAAGAGAAAAAGGAAGAGAAGGCAGAGGAGAAGCCUGCAGAAGAAAAGAAGGAGGAACCACCCCCGCCACCUCCUCUUGUCUUGUUUGUGGACUUACAUUGCGCGGGCUGUGCAAAGAAGAUCGAGAAAUCCAUCAUGAAGAUUAGAGGUGUGGAAGGAGUUGCGAUCGAUAUGGCUCAAAACCAAGUGACAAUAAAGGGAAUAGUUGAACCCCGAGCAAUAUGUGCUAAAAUCAUGAAGAAAACCAAGAGAAGGGCUAAAGUUCUGUCUCCCUUGCCUGCUGUUGAGGGUGAACCUCUGCCAGAAGUUGUUACUUCACAGGUUAGUGGAUUAACAACCGUGGAGCUUAACGUAGACAUGCAUUGCCAAGCCUGUGCUGAGCAACUCAAGAGAAAGAUUCUGAAAAUGAGAGGCGUACAAAGUGCAGCAACAGACCAUAGCACAGGCAAAGUUACAGUCACGGGUACCAUGGAUGCAAACAAGCUAGUGGAUUAUGUCUAUAGACGCACCAAAAAGCAGGCCAGGAUCGUGCCACAACCGGAGCCUGAGCCUCAACCUGAACCCGAGAAAAAGGAAGGCGAAGAGAAGCCAGCCGAAGAAGCCAAGCCCAAAGAAAACGCCGAGAAAAAAGAAGAAAAACCACCCGAAGAAGCUAAGGAAGAAGUUAAGAAAGAAGAAGCUGAAAACAAAGAAGGCAAGGAAGUGGAGAAGAAGGAAGGAGCACAAGAGAAUAACAUCAGUAUUAAUGAGGACGAAUCCAUGAAGAGGAUGAUCUACUACUACCAGCCCCUUUACGUCAUCGAGCGAAUGCCUCCUCCUCCUCAGCUCUUCAGCGAUGAAAAUCCCAACGCUUGUUGCAUUUCGUAGUCGUCAUAGUAUCGAAUCAUUUCGUGAUGACAAGGUUUUUAGCUUCUAAUUAGUUAAUUUUUACUAUAAUGUGGAGUAGUAUAUAGAAUAUAGUUAAUCUUCAGUCCGUACCACUGAUGAUGAGAAUUUUAGAAAGUCUGGUGGACGGCUCAUAUCAGCCAGGGAAUGUGGGGAGUGCCGCAGUGGGAUCAUUGUACAACUGAGUUGAUUAAUAAUAUCAUCAUUCUGUAUUAAA